AUGCGUUUCCAGCCGGCUGCUUUUUUUAACCGAUGCGUGGAGGAUAGGUCUUCUGAUACGAAGCCCGCUUUUAUUCUCGGAAGACUGUGCCGCACGGGGAAGUGUAUGCCCGAAGCAAAAUGCAAUGUACUAUCUGGAGAAAAAGUGGAAGAAGCUGAACAACCCAGUGACAUAGAAGAAGGAGGAUUAGAUCUCAGUGUGUCACUCAAACCUGUCAGUUUCUACAUCGCGGACAAAAAAGAAAUGCUUCAACAGUGUUUCUGUGUCAUAGGGGAGAAAAAACUGCAGAAGAUGCUGCCUGAUAUUUUAAAGAACUGUUCCAUGGAUGAAAUCAAAAGGCUUUGCUUGGAGCAGUUGGAGCUGUUAUCUGAAAAAAAACUGUUGAAGAUACUUGAAGGCAAGAUUGGAGCUGAUUCUGAUACUGACGAGGAGGCAGAUGAAGGAGACAAGACUGGAGGUGAAUCAGUCAGUCAACAGGACAACAGUAUAGACUCUACUUCUUCUCUCAGAGAAGACAGCAAGCUGGAAGGUCAGGAAUCAAAACAAGGCAAGGGAGAAGAUAGUGAUGUCCUCAGCAUAAACGCAGAUGCGUAUGAUAGUGACAUAGAAGGCCCAUGCAAUGAAGAAGAUGGCCCAGAUGGGCAAGAAAACACUGUCAGAAGUGGAGCCAGUCAGAUAGAUGACCUUGAGAAGGAUAUUGAGAAAAGCGUGAAUGAGAUUCUGGGGUUGGCAGAGUCCAGCCCAAAGGAGCCCAAAGCAGCAACCUUAGCCAUUCCUCCGUCAGAAGAUGUUCAGCCGUCAGCGCAGCAGCUGGAGCUUCUGGAGCUUGAGAUGAGGGCCAGAGCUAUUAAGGCUCUGAUGAAAGCUGGUGAUAUAAAAAAACAGCUCUGAGAUUGUUUAGAUUUAAUUUUCAGUAUUUGUUUUGAAGGAUGUGAUGUCUGUUCUCUUCAGUGCUAAAGUAUAUUUGGGUUGGGUAUGACAUUCCUCAUUCAAACCCUAUUGUGUAUCCUGACCCGUGGCUUAAGCCAUUGAUAGUUGAUUUCAUUGCCUUUAGUGUGCUGCUUCCAUGAUGUGCACAAACAGUGG